AUGGAAACCGGAAGUAGGUUCGCCCUGUUAUUUUUGCCGAGAGAAACAAAGAACUGGCAAACUGAAGUGCGGCUUUUAUGGAUAAACGGUAACACGUCCUACAUCGGUGGCCCUGAUCGCUGUCUACACUGGAAAAGGGAUUAAUCGAAAAGCAACAUGGGGCUUCUGUCUGAUCCUAUCAGAAGACAGGCAUUGAUCAGCUUGCUCACUCGUCUUAAUGCUCCAAUCUGUGUUGUGUGCUACAUGGCAGGUGUGGCCUGGUUCAUGGGUUUAGCAUUCGAGCCCUUCACCGUGCGCACUUACAUGUCAGAGAACGCCAUGGGUUCCACCAUGGUGGAGGAGCGCUUCCCAGCCGGAGAAAGAGCACUGGUCACGGCCAGAGAGUUUGCAGCACAUAAGAAGAAACAAGAUGGGAUGCCUGUGAACUGGCUGGUGAAAACCAUGCAGGAUCGAGGCCUGGAAGUCUUCACGCAGACCUUCUCUCGCACUCUCCCAUUCCCAGAUGAAAACAAAGAGAGAUUUAUUGUGAAAGGUACGAACGUAUACGGCAUCCUUCGUGCACCUCGAGCUCCACGGACAGAAGCUCUAGUCCUGAGCACGGCCUGCAGCCCGGGUGACACCAACAACCAGGCUGUGGGACUGCUGCUCGUUUUGGCACAGUACUUCCGAAAUCAGGUGUACUGGGCCAAGGACAUCAUCUUCCUGGUCAAUGAACAUGAUUUGAUCGGCAUGCAGGCCUGGCUGGAAGGCUACCACCACACCAACACCACAGGAAUGGACUGGUCUCCACUGCAAGGCCGGGCCGGUUCUAUCCAGGCAGCGUUGUCUCUGGAGCUGAGCUCUGAUGUCGUGACCAGUUUGGACAUCGUGCUGGAGGGAUUGAACGGGCAGCUUCCCAACCUGGAUCUUAUCAACCUCUUCUACACUUUCUGUCAGAAGAUUGGGGUUCUUUGCACCAUACAAGGAAAGCUGCAGAGGAACGACUGGGACAGUGCUUCAGGCUACAGCCACGCGGUGCAGACUCUGAUGCUGAUGGUGCUCAAGCAAGCCAGCGGGCGGCCCUGGGGGGACCACGGUCUCUUCCUGCGCUACCACAUCGAGGCUGCCACCAUCAAAGGCAUCAACAGCUUCCGUCAGUACAAAACAGACGCCACUACCGUCGGCAGGCUCCUGGAGGGAAUGUACCGCAAGUUGAACAACCUGUUGGAGCGACUGCACCAGUCCUACUUCUUCUACCUGAUGCCCUCGCUCUCCCACUUUGUCUCCAUUGUUUACUACAUGCCAGCCUUCGGACUGCUGGCUGUCAUCUUGCUGCUCCGUGCCUUGGGUCUGUGGGUGCAACUGUCAGCUCCGCCUCAAACAGAAGACGGCAUUGGUGAUGUGGAGCAGGCCAGUCCUGGUGUGCUGUCCUUGUUGACGCCUUUGGUUAUCAGCCACCUGACAGGAGUGGCGCUGUAUGCACUGCCAAUCCGCUUCCAGGAAAUGGCGGUAGAGCACUUCCCCGUGUCAGAGACUGAGGCGGUGGUGCUGACGGCCAUUGCUGUUUACACUGCGGGCCUGGCUUUGCCUCAUAACACACACAGGUUGGUGUCAGGUGAAGGUACAGAGCAGGGUUGGAGAGUUCUCAAGCUGGUGGCUGUGUUGUACCUGGCUGUCCUACUCGGCUGCAUCGCCCUCCUCAACUUCUCUCUCGGCUUCAUCCUGGCCCUCACACUGGUGCCCGUGGCCGCCGUGGUCACGCCACACCUCCCCAAGUUGCUGACAGCCUUCAUCAUGGUGAUCCUCAGUCCCGCCUGCACACUGCUCUUCUCCGUCUUCAUCUUCCAGGAGCUCCAGGAGAUGCCGCUCAGCUUCCAGGACGGCUGGCUGCUCUUCCUGUCGGUCAUCUCGCAGGGCAUCCUGGACCACUCGCUCUACGGCUCGCUGGUCUUCCCGCUGGUCUCCCUGCUGGUCUAUCCCUGCUGGCUGCUCUUUUGGAACAUUCUCUUCUGGAAGUAAACUUGAGGACAACAACCUCUUGAGGUGAUCUCAGGUUCUUCUCCCUACAUGGAAACGUCAACAAUACACUGCAGAGAUGGAAAACACAAAGAUCUGUACUGUAUUCUGACUACUUUUUUAUUUUUAUUUAUUUAUUUUUUUUUACAUCAUUUGUAAUAGGGAUGGGCAUAAUUGAUUAGUCCAUUAUUGAUAAAACUGCGGCAAAAUAGAGUGCACUACUUAGCUGCAACCAGUAGAGGCACAGUUGAGUCAGUCCAGACCAAGCUUUUUCCAGUAGCUUAACCCUUCAGAUAUGACCUGAAGCCAUAUACCCCCCUACCGCUGCACACUUAAACCUUUUUAUCUUAAUUAACUUAAGUUGUUGACCAUGAUUGGUUAAUGAAUUUUACAGUAAUUCAAGGCAAAAAUGUAAAUUUUGCAUGGUCACAAUUUGAUAGUUUGACAUGAGCACUGAUAAAUAGACAAGUAAUCAUCCUACUUAUCUUUUAUUCCAGUCUGAUGUUGGCAUCCUUCCAUAUGAAUGGGUUGAGCUCCAUUUGUUCACUCAGGAUGGUGGCUAUGGUUUAAAGGGUCACUGACAUGAUUGAUAAACUUUGCUUAAAUAUUUUCUAUAUUGUUUGUGAUUAUGUUAUUCGUUCGUUUUUUGAGAGCCAACGAUAAAUUCGUCCAAAUUACAUUUAUAGUACACAACAAACUCUAGUCGCACAAAAGGGGCGUUUCCCAAGUGACGUCGGCGUAGUAAUAAGUCAGCUAAAGCCAAGUAAACAAAUGCUUCUCGAGGUAGCUCGUUGACUUUGUUCAAUAUAUUUUUCAUCAAAAUAGUAGUCAUGCUGAAACGUGUUGCUGCUGGCUGUUCAGUGUCACAGUGACAUUGUAAGUUUUUCUUUUCCAAAGGACGAAGGUUUAAGACUACUGAACGAAGCAAGUACAGAGAACGAGAGACAAAUGGACGCUCACCCCGCGUUCUGUUCUUUGCAACUUUCAUUUCACUCAAGACUGCUAUGAAGGAACACCUUUACAAGAAGCAUUUGGCUUGAAAGUACGGUAUAAACGCAUUUUGGGUGCUAUGCUAUACAGGACAAAAUGAGGACGACGUAAAAGUUGCCACAGAACAGAGUAAGUAAUGUAUGUAUGUCUUCUAAACACUAUGGCAUCAUAGCGACUAGCAUUAUACAUAUUUUCACAACGAUAUGUUGAUAGUGGGGCGGUGACAAAAUACACAAAAAACGGCUCUAAAGAGCCCUUUACGCUCAUUAAGAAGCCGACUUAGAACAAUUGAAGGAUAAGCAACCGCAAGGUAAUUUACACUCACCAUUUUAUGUUUGAAGCCGACCAGUCUGCAUCUCCAUGUCUUUAUUGGACACCUCCGCAUCAGGCAUGCUCGUUUGAUCAUCGGUGGUUUGACUAAAUACGGCUUAAUUCCCUGUUCUGGAAGUUCUGUACCUAUUUCAUCUCCAGUUUCUUCCUCCUCAAACUAUUGACACAUUGCUCCUAAUCUUCGCUAUAAUCACUGUAAACGUCCUCUGUCUCGUACACUGCUGUUUACUUGCAAGGUGUUACUGCGCCGACGUCACUUGGGAAACACCCCUUUUGUGCACGCGAGUUCGUCAUGGCUCGUGGCAAGUACUAUAGACGACAUUUUUACGAAUUUACUGUUCGCUUUCAAAAAACUUAACACCGCAGAACAUGAUUACAAACAAUAUAGAACAUAUUUAAGCAAAGUUGAUAAAUCAUGUCAGUGACCCUUUAAGUCUGCAUAUUAAUUUAAUACCAAAUUGAAGGGGAAAGUUGAACAACCACAAGUAUCUGAAGUACAAAAAUACAUACAACCCACUAAUUUUCGGGAGAAUCCCCACUCAGUGACAGGUUUUCACCGCUGCGUUGUGCGGGGAUUGGAACACCAAUAUAGAUGAAAUCUUCAAGAUUAAACACUCUUAAUGCGCAAAAUAAUCAUUAAACUUACUUAUUUGUUCAUAUGAUGCCGAACAGAGCAAUGAACAACUUCAUGCUGUCUCCUCGUCUCCACGUUGUCCUUGUGCUGUGAGGCGUUCAGGCGCACUCGUAAUUAUGAGGGUUAGGCGGUAAUUGUUUUUCAUUUUUAUUCACGUACCCCCUAUUACAAUUAACAUACCCCUAGGGGUACACGUACCCCACUUUGGGAAACUGGGGUCUAGACUAUUUUGAUGUUUAAAGUGGAAAAAGAUUCUUAGAUGUGGAAACCUAAUCUUAAUUUUUAUAAUUUCUGGCAGUAAAUACACUAUUUUAAAUAGAACAAAUUAAAUAUACCAAGUAGAAGAAUUUUGUCCAAAAAAUGACACAUUGCCACCAGAAAUUAAUGUAAAAAUUCUUGUAAAUAUAGUCAAUAUUAAAUGAAAAAGGUAAAAUGUAUUUAUAUAUAUUUUAAUUGUUUCAUUUCAAAUUUAAUUUUAUAUUAUUCAUUCAUUUUCUAUGCCACUUAAUCCUCAUUAGGUAUGCUGUAGCCUAUUCCAGCUGACUUUGGGCGGGAGGCGGCGUACACCCUGGACUGGUCCCCAGCCAAUCACAGGGCACUUAUACUGUAUUAUUAAUAAUUAUUAUUUGGUAUUUUUAUUAGCAAAACCAUGUUAAUGGACUGAUUUUAUCAUCUCAAACUAUGUAUAAAUACACAGUUAAACGGAAUGUUGGAAAGCUUUCUGGGUCUUUGUAAAAUACUGCACAGUUUUCAUUUUGAUGUUUGAGAGCACUUUUUUUUUUUAAAUACGAGGUUUGAUAACAUUGUAUAUUUUUUAGUUUAAAUUACGAAUUUGUUUGCAGGUACCAAAUUUUUCAGUAGGAAAAAUGACAUGGUCGUCAAUGUUACAUUGUGUUUAUUCAGCUAAUGUCAUAUUUUUUACAGUAUGUACUGAAAACAUCAUUCCAUUGCUGUCACAACUCUGCGGGACUCUAAUAAAAUCAAAUCAGCUACUAAAAUGUACAUCAAUUGCGCCUCAUUUAAAAAAAAAAAAAAAAAAAAAAAAAAACACCCAGCAAGAAAAAUAGAUUUUAAAGAGUAAAAGCACUUGAUGACCCUGUAAACCUCUCACUCACUCAUCCACUGCCAACUUCACAGUUUUGUUCGCCCUCAACCGAACAUAACUUGCCACUACUUCCUAACAAUCACCACCUCCCCUCCAAUAAAUAUUAGGGCCUCUUUAAAAUUGGCUGAACUUAACUGAAAAUGUCCAAACACGUGUGUGUGUGUGUGUGUGUGUGUGUGUGCGCAUGUGUGUAUGUCUCUGCAUCAUGCUACAGUGCUUCAAACAUCUUGAACAGCCAAUCUGCCAAGACUCUCAGUGCACUUGACAAUCACUGUGUAAGAGUGGACAACAUGGAUGGUAGAAUUAGCAUAGCUGUGUGCGUGUGUGUGUGAGAGAACAGACGGUGGCGUUGAUGGGUGGUCAGCUGCUGCUGCUGCUGCUGCUCAAGGCCAGUUCACCUCGGUCAUUUAUCCUUACUUUCUCCUGGAGGAAAGGGAGUCAAAGGUGACGGAAACUAGAAUGUUGCUGAACUAAAAAGGUGCUGACCUUGUACCUGCUGGGUGGCGGUGUGUGUGUCAGGUUUGGCUGUCGCACAGAUUUCACAGCCUGGACGAGAAGGCUUGUUGAUGAAAGUGCAUGAGGGACACGCCCACUCCUUCUGCAGGAACACAGUAUUGGACAGAUGUUUGCUAAGCAUCAACACAGAAGCAUCAGCUUAUUUGGAUAGAAAAAUCCAAUCAACUAACGUUGUCAUUAUUGGGCGAGGGGGAAAAAUAACAUCACUCUCAAAAAAAAAUGUAUCUCUGAAUUUAUGCGAUGUAGGAUUCGAUAUUAAUAAAUGGAAUACAGUAAGACCUCGUUUAUCGCUGUAUAUCUGUUUAACAAUGGGAUAUUUUUAUACUUGGAGCAUAGAAAACCUACUUUUUUUAACAUAAGGGCCCUGUAGACAUGAAGUAACACCCCGUAAUCACCUUUAUACUACAUAAUACUGUGCUGUAUUGUAAUAGACAAUAUGACAGAAAUUGGACAUAAACAAGACUGUUGAAAGGGUAGAAUGUUUAGAAGCCAUAGUGGAGUUUACAUAAAAGUUCUCAAAUCACUCACAAGAGCAAAGAUACAGAGAAAAAGUGUGAACAUCCAUCAUCCCAAAGGUGAUUCUUUGUGGUUACCUGUGUUCUAGUAGGUUUGUUGUUCAGCUGCAAGUUAUCCAUGUCAAGAACAACCUGAAGGUCAGCUGGUUUAUCGCCUCCUGUGCUCAGCAGUGAUACAUGAGACACCAUAAGUAACAGGAACAUAAGUUGUUGUAGUAGUCUACUGCACAAUUGUUUUUGAACAUUAGACGAUGGGAUUUCACAUCAAUUCAUUGUUUAUUCUUGAAGAAAAACUGAACUAAGUGUGCAUGGUCCUGGUCAGGAUGCGUCACUCACCCUGGUUACUGUGCAUUAGCCGUGGCGGCAGAGUGCUGUAGCCCCUCCAGUCUUGAGAGGCGGGGCCGUUGCUGGGAGGAAGGGGCGGGGCCAGCAGAGCACCCUCUAAGUCUUGCUGGAACAGCUGUCUCGUGAUGCGGGCCUGACGGGCCGAGAUCAGGUAGAGGUAGGCAGUGUCGCCGUCCUUCUGCACGCCGUAGGAGGCCAGUGACCUAAGGUCCGUGCACAGGCACUGACCCAUCACCCAGCGCUGCACCCGCGGAUGGAAGCCGUACUCCACAAACACCUUGGGGGAGGUAACAACAUCAGUGUUUUAUGGCAUUUUGUUGAUGUGAGGACUUUCUGACCUGUUGUUUGAGUGCAGCCACGGUCAUGUAGGGGAAGACUUUGAAUGUGAAGCAGCAGGAAGAAGACACGUCCUCCACCACCACAGACAGACUGGAAGGCAUGACAUGAUUGGAUAAAACUGUCAUUAAACAGGUGCAAACCUACACAAAAAGCAACAUGUUUUGUUCGUUUAAAAAAAAAAAAAGUAAUAUUAAAAAAACGUUCUGAUCCCACAUUUAACUACAAACUAAUGCAAUCAUUUAUGUUAAAGCAGGCCUGGACUUUUUUGGGAAUUUUCCAUCAUCAUCCACAAUAUUUAUGUGAGACACGUCUUUUUUCUGUGCGUUCUAAAGCUACAGAAACAGCUAAAAAGACUGAGCUAAGAAUGCACGUAAUAGGAAACACAUAAAAUAAAGCCUUCUGGAAAAAAAAUUCCAAAAAGCACCAACAACGCUACGUUUGCAUAUAAUGUGAGGUGCAUAUCAACCAAGCUACAGCGACAUUGUUACUAACAUUGUUACCCCGAUCGAACUACGUUACCGUCGUAGUGACACCUUACCACACCACGCCAGCUAGCAAAUCUAACUUUUUUUGGUGACAGGGUCAAAUGUGAGAUUUGUUUGUAUCUCACACUAUAGAAAAGACAAUAAAAUGGAUAUUUCAUGCUGAUGUAGUUUGUCACCUGAUUUCUCCAGUAGCGAUGUAGUUGUUCUCCGCCAGUUGGAUGGUGAGUGCUGCUUUCUGUCGAGCUAGAGCUGAUGCAUGCUGGGAGGCUGCUUGAGCAUCACCUGCUUCCACCGCCUUGGCCAGCUCCAUGCAAAGCUCCUCUGAAGCACAGAUGACAUAUCAGGAAAGAGUUUCAGCUAAAAGAUAAAUCGGGAUAAAGACACUCACCAGCCGGCGGUAAGGAGGUCGU